AUGUCUGUGCCAGCGUCUCCAUUGGAGCUCCUCCCCAAUGAGCUCCUAGACCAGAUUAUCUCCUACUUAUCCACAGAGCCACCGUCAUUUGGACAAUUACACCAUGCACCCAGUCUGCAACUCACCCAGUCUCCAACAAAGGACCUCAAGCAUCUCCAACUGUGCUCACGGCGCCUAUUUCAACUUGUACGGCCUCAACUGUUUACUCAUGUCCGGCUCAAUCUGCAUGACGAACCAGACUUCUACUCUUUUAUGGCCAAGUCGGAUCUUUGUGCAUAUGUGACAUCUGUCGUUGCAAUUGCGGAUCAAACCCCAGAUGGUCAGGUCGACCCGUUUUGGUGGCGCCGAGUCCUUCGCUAUCUAGACCCUCGCCGUGUUCUAGUAAUAGGGCCGCCAGUCUUCAUUGGCAACACUCUAGCUACCCCGAUCAAUGAUGGGCACCAUUGGGCAUUUGAUAUGCCCCUGCAGAUCUUACUUUUGGAACGAGAGUGCAAGCCUCGUGACCCAUCCCAACUGCCUGACCUGGAGACUUGUACUAGUCUUCUAGCCUCACGACCCUGGACAUCGAUGACCUUUAACGAGUCAUCUUCUCUGAAAGCAUACAACCACUACGAGUAUUUCCUUUCCUGUGUCCCUUCCGUCCUUGCAGAAUGGGGUACAAAUGGAAUGCGCGGAUCAACCCGUACGCUUCAACGCCCAAUCGACCUGCCAGCUCUCUUACGCGGCCUCACAUACUUUUCCUACACGGCUGUGUUUCCAUUUUACAAUCACUCUCAACUUGUACUGGAUGCUGUCGUGAGGAUGCGUCGUCUGCAGCGACUUGACGUGCAGCUGGCUCCUGCUCAAGAUAACCAUAUUACCGAGCUUGAACAACGGGGGUCAAUGGAUCCUAAUGAUCCGUGGAUGGAACUCGCAACCUCGUACUCUCUGGUUGGGUAUACUGUGAAUAAUCUACCCUGCUUGAAAGAGUUUAGGUGCGGCGACCUGCACGUGGAGCCCAUACGGCAGGAUCUGUUGGCCAUUUUGGACGAGGCCAUCGGAAAUGGGGGCUGGUCAGAGUCAACGGAAAAUGCGGCUCCUUCAAAUGAGACACCCGCCAAAAAUGACUGGAAUCUUAAAAAUGAUUGGAAACAGGGUAUUCAGUCAUCCAACGAAGCAGUCUUUCGGUGCGGGGUUGUCCUCGGCUUCUCCAGGCUGCGAAUGAGAAGCAACGAAAGCAACGAAUACAUCGCACAGAUUCCUCGAUAUCUUCUCAUAAAUCAACUACGGAGUAUCCAUCCAUCAUCUGAACCGAGCGCAUUCAUUAUCCACCCCCGAAGUUUCGAGGCCUUUGCCCCAAGGACUCUACUCAAUGAGCUGCAGUCCUCUUCCCAUCAGCAGCCCGGUCUAUCAAGAGAUGAUGCAAUCCGUAAACUGGACUCUGUGCAGUUACUUCCUGUACACAACUUCACGAAUGCCGCACAGGCCAUCGGUAAGGUCUCGGAAUCGCUGCACGAGAUCCAAGAAAACAGAGAACAACAGAUAAAACCGACCGACGCAAGCCCAUCCACCCACAAACCCAUUGUCCUCAUUGUUGCCGGCCUCGAUACCCUAACCGAAGGAGUAAUUCGAGCGUCGAACCCGGCCCGGGGUGCAGCCGUUCUGACAGCUACACUCCGCACCUUGACUCGUCUGUCUCGUGUACAUGCCUCCCAUCUCUCCAUCAUUCUUGUCAAUACCAAUGGACUGGGGACCAUGAAUCCAGAGUGGGAUAAGAAUCAAUCAUCGACAGGAAACACUACUACACAUGGACAUGGUGCUGCGAGGCAGCCGCUCGAAGAUGGCAUCCACUCCAUCUUCCAUUCGGAUAUACCCUCCCUGUUCCCUACCUUGCUCAUGAAGACGUUAGACCAAGGCAUCGAUACCCAUCUGUUGCUUUCUGAUUUGAGAGGAGCUCAGAUAGUCGAAGUGAUCAAAGAUCGAGUUGGUACGAGUCUAGGCAAAUGGGGAAUAUGGAACGAGCAAUAA